AUGGAUCUUGUUCUAUGGAGAACUUUUACAAUCAUUUUUAGUGUGGAAUUCAUAAUAGGAACUUUAGGAAAUGGAUUCAUUGUACUGAUGAAAUGCACAGACUGGAUCAAAGGAAGUAAACUGUCUUUCGUGGAUCAAAUCCUCAUUGGUUUGGCAAUCUCCAGAACUGGUUUGAUAUGGUUGAUAUUUCUGGACUGGUGGUUAUUCAUGCUUUACCCAAUUUUACAUAUGACUGAAAAAAUGUUAAGAAUGUAUUACAUCUCCUGGACAGUGCUCAAUCAUUUAAACCUCUGGCUUACUGCAAGUCUGAGUAUCUUUUAUUUUCUCAAGAUAGCUAACUUCUAUAAAACUAUUUUUCUUUACCUAAAGUUUAGAGUUAAAAAGGUGAUCGCAGUGACCUUGCUGGUGUCUUUACUUAUCUUGAUCUUAAAUAUUAUAAUUAUAAAAAUAUACGUUGAUAUGUGUAUAGUUGGUGCUCAAAGAAAUGUGUCUUACACUUCCAGUAUGAAUAACUAUGAACAAAGUUGCAAGCUUCUUGCAUUCACAAACCCUAUGUUCACACUCAUACCCUUUGGUAUGUCCCUGACAACUCUUCUCCUGCUCAUCUUCUCCCUGUGGAAACAUCUGAAGAAUACACAGCAUAGCAUGAAAGACUCCAGAGACAUCAGCAGCAAGGCCCACAUUAAAGCCUUGCAAACUGUGAUUGUCUCUGUCCUAUUAUACAGCAUUUUCUUCUUGUCCUUUUUUAUGAAAGUUUGGGGAAAGUCCUGGAAAGAUAAAUAUUUCUUCUCUCUGUGUGCCUGGGCUCUGGGAAUUGCUGUUCUCUCUGGUCACUCGUUUGUCUUGAUUCAGGGGAACAAUAGACUGAGAUGGGCUUGGCGUUCUGUGAUGCUGUGGUUCAGGUGCAGAUUCAAAAGUGCAGAACCAUAGGGUCCACAGACCAUUUGAGGAAUCAUCUUGCAUAUUCUAAAGGAAAAGCAGAUUACAAGAAAUCCCCAUGUUUGUAAUCUUGCAUGUUGUAAAUAUUCUGUUAUGUCCAAUUGUGAAUUAGAUACAUGGACACUCUGCAAUAUUUGGGGUACAUAUGUAUAUGUUAAUGUACUUUAGCACAUAAGAAUAUAA